GGGGCGGGACGGGAGGUACCGGCGAGCGUCGCGUGCCGGUCGCGCCGGUGCGGCGUCUGCGCUGCCCGUGCACCUCCUGGCUUAGCAUCACUUACGCCGCGGACACCACUCCCGUGCCCGGCCGCCCCCCGCGCAGCGCAGCCGCCGCGGCCCGACGGGGCGCCGCCGGCGAGUGUUCUGGGCUGGGCUGAUCUCUCCCAUUGCAAGCGCUUUCCCUCCCAUUGCAACCUGCGGCCCGUGGGUGCCGCCAGGGACGCCCUAGUGAGCGUCACGCACGCUGGGGCACCUUCCGAAGCGCGGAGAAGAAAGCGGCUGGCGGAUCUGGUUCAGAGCCCUGCCCACCAGCGCGGCCGAGCCAUGGAGCAUCCUCCCGGGACCAGUCAGAUUUCCCGCUCCCGCCGCCCGCUGCCGUGCGCCGCCGUCCGCACCGUCCGCGAUGGCGGCCGGAGGGUCCGCCCGGGGGGCUCGGCGAGGCCCGGCGGCAGCGCCGCGCUGCCCGCGGGGGUCUGGACACGCCACCGCGCUGUUUUUCAGAUCCGUGCCUCCCUCCGAAGAUGUGUGACGACGAGGAGACCACCGCACUGGUGUGCGACAACGGCUCGGGGCUGGUCAAGGCGGGCUUUGCCGGAGACGAUGCCCCCAGGGCCGUUUUCCCCGUCCAUUGUCGGCCGCCCGAGGCACCAGGGUGUUAUGGUUGGUAUGGGUCAAAAAGAUUCCUAUGUGGGUGAUGAAGCUCAAAGCAAAAGAGGUAUCCUUACUUUGAAAUAUCCCAUUGAACAUGGCAUUAUCACCAACUGGGAUGAUAUGGAAAAGAUCUGGCACCACACUUUCUACAAUGAACUCCGUGUGGCCCCUGAGGAGCACCCUACUUUGCUCACAGAAGCCCCCUUGAACCCUAAAGCUAAUCGUGAAAAGAUGACCCAGAUAAUGUUUGAGACCUUCAACGUACCUGCUAUGUAUGUGGCGAUCCAGGCUGUCCUGUCCCUGUAUGCCUCUGGUCGUACAACAGGUAUUGUUCUUGACUCUGGCGACGGUGUCACCCACAACGUACCUAUUUAUGAAGGUUAUGCUUUGCCUCAUGCUAUCAUGCGCCUGGAUCUGGCUGGCAGGGAUCUGACUGACUACCUCAUGAAGAUCCUCACAGAGCGUGGCUAUUCCUUUGUGACAACAGCUGAACGUGAGAUUGUUCGUGAUAUCAAAGAGAAAUUGUGCUAUGUUGCACUGGACUUUGAGAAUGAAAUGGCCACUGCUGCCUCUUCCUCCUCUCUGGAAAAGAGCUAUGAAUUGCCUGAUGGUCAAGUGAUCACAAUCGGUAAUGAACGUUUCCGCUGCCCUGAAACUUUAUUCCAGCCAUCCUUUAUCGGCAUGGAAUCUGCUGGUAUUCAUGAAACUACCUACAACAGUAUCAUGAAGUGUGACAUUGAUAUUCGUAAGGACCUGUAUGCUAACAACGUCCUCUCAGGUGGUACAACAAUGUACCCUGGCAUCGCUGAUCGCAUGCAGAAAGAAAUCACUGCCCUUGCUCCUAGCACUAUGAAGAUCAAGAUCAUUGCUCCACCUGAGCGCAAGUACUCUGUCUGGAUUGGUGGCUCCAUUCUAGCAUCUCUCUCCACCUUCCAGCAAAUGUGGAUCAGUAAACAGGAGUAUGAUGAAGCUGGUCCAUCCAUUGUCCACCGCAAGUGCUUCUAAGCACUUUUCCCCUCAAUUUACUUCCCACUCAGGAUGACGACAAUAUGCUUCUUGGAGUCUUCUGGCAACCCUUCCUGAACUCUUCAGUCAUUGUACAGUUUGUUUACACACCCGUGCAAUUUAUUUGUGCUUCUAAUAUUUAUUGCUUUAUAAAUAAACAAGAUCUGGGACUUGCAACCUACAAA